AUGGCAGAGGCAGCCAAGACUUACGCUCUGACAUUCACAGCUGUCAUUUUAGCAACUUGUAUGGAACUUCUCGGCGAACCAGCGGUUGAAGCACUGGUCGUACUCCCGCUUCAUCUCCGUGCAGGCCUCGCCGACGCUGUUCAUGGCGACCGCAGCACCGACGGAGCCGACCCUCCAAGCGCGAACACGGAAGUAAGAGCGACUUCCGCCUUUUGCGCAGAGAAGCGGGGUUACGUGCCGACGCGCUUCCGGAGCGCCGAACCGGAGGAAGGCAUGUGGGCUCGGCGGCUCGCCGGUGUCUUCCGUGCGGGGUUUUGCUCUCGGGCUGGCGUUGCUGAAGGGGGUCCCCCCGCGCAGCCUAGGGAAGCAGGGGCCCACCGGAAUAAAAAAGUAACUUUGGAAUUGCUCAAUCACCUGGAGCGCCUAGCGCUUGUCGAUUUCCGCAAUCAGGAAGGUGUGGAGCGUUUAGAAAAAGCCAUUGAAUUUGCUGAAAAACUUCAUGCAGUUAAUACAGAUGGAGUAGAGCCGAUGGAUUCAGUACUGGAAGACAGGUAUCUGUACCUCAGGGAAGAUGAAGUCACAGAAGGCAACUGUGCAGAGGAGCUACUGGAGAAAGCCAAGGAGACCAUUGAAGACUAUUUUGUAGCUCCACCAGGUAACAUCCCUUUACCACAGCUGGAAGACAGGAGUUUUCUGUAUAAAGAAGAGUCCUAUGCUCUACAACAGAAGCCACAAUAGACUUCUUCAGCAGCCAGCAUCUACUCCAUGAAACUGCAUCCUGGAUAAACCUUCACCACAUCCCUUGUGCAACUUGACCGUUCUCUCUGAAAUGACUGCUGUUUCUGUACUGCUUAGGCCUAAGUUAUUAUUGACACUGGCAUUUUUAAAUUGUGUAUAAAUCCAACAAUGAGGACAACAAUCCAACCCAGUUAAGUGUCCUUAAUCCUUGUUAUUUCAAUUGGUUUCGGGUGUACCCAACACAAUUUUUCGUUAUAUGGCCAAAAUAUUUUCACGACCGUAACCCUUUUGCCCCUUCAAAAACAAAACACCCAAAACCAAACUUUCUACUUCUGAAGGGGAAAUGGUUUUAGAAAAAUGACCGAGAAACCAGAUAGCAGAAUGUAGCAGAUUUCUGAGCUCUGUAUAUUGAAAGGAGAGUGAUCACAGCAAGGACCGAUGUGUCAUUGUCCAGUGUUCUGUGUCUGGAUAAGCAGACUGACAUAUUUGGGGAGCAGAAUCUCAAGGAUAUCCAGCUGUCAAAGGUGCCCAAGGAUGGAGUGGCUGUCUGUGAUGCGCAGAAUGAUACGAGAUGAAAGAGGGAAGACGGAGACUUCUGGCAGUUUCUUCCUACCCAGCCCCAGAGAGAUUCUGGGCUAGCCUACAUCUCUCAAAACAUGGGAGAAGUAUAGGUGUGAUGUUUAAUGGUACCAGAUUCAGGGAACAAGUUGUAUCAAGUGUUUCACAGAUAGAUAAAUGCAUAAAGGAACCAUUAUUUAAAAAAACCACACACAUAAAAAGUUGUGAGAAAUAGACAAUAGGAUCUUUGUUUUCCUGGGAAACAUAUGGUAGACCUUUGGAACAAGCAUGUUGCUCAAUGGUAUUUGUGAUGCUAUUCUAACAGAAUGUUGCUGUAGAGUUAAUUCAUGAGAUUGGCUCAUGGUUGGGUACUUACAAAACCUGAGAGCACAGAAUAGCAAUAUUUGGUUUAGAAUGGGAAUCAAAACGCAGUGUAGCACAUUAUCCUCAACUAGAUUUGUCAUUUUCAAAUUGGCAUAUGAAUUUCUGCUUCAGAAAAGGAAACAGUAGUUUUUAAGAUACUGUUGAGCUGUAUGUAAUAAAUAAUUUGCUGAUCUGAAGUGCAUUUCCUCAUCUGCAGCCCUCCAGAUGUUUUGGCCUACAACUCCCAUGAUCCGUAGCUAACAGGACCAGUGGUCAGGGAAGAUGGGAAUUGUAGUCCAAAACAUCUGGAGGGCCGAAGUUUGGGGAUGCUUGAUGUAUAACAUAUGCAGUCUGACCUUUUAUUUAUAUAAAAAUCCCAUGGACACCAGUAGCACAACUCUAUUGUAAGCAUGGAUUGGAUUGCAGCCUUAACAUGAUACAGCACACUUAAUAGUUUAACUUAGCUCCAAACCUGAAGUUAGACCUUCUUUACAGCAGUUACAAGGCUUAACAAAUAUUAUCCAGGCCAGCACUUAAAUAAACUAUCACAUAAUCAGGGAAUGCUUUCUCUGUGGUUGCAGGCAAGAUAGAAAAGUGAGCCUCUAAGCAUGCAAUAGUGUCUUUGCCAGGAAGCCCUCUAGGCUUGAGGCAACUACAACUUCAUAGGUAUGAAAUGGAACAUCUCGUUUUACAUGUCAACUACAACAAAACUUUAAUUUCAAAGGUUUACAAGUCAAGUAGCAAUGGGGCUUUAAUACAGCUUUAUUAACUGAAUUUAUAUUCCGCCCUGCCUCCC